GCUUUUAGCCAAGGGUACGGGGUGGUGUGUUAGGGGGAAAAAAAAGGAACAAGUUUGCUUAACCUAGAUGAAUAUACUUACACGUUUAAAACAUUUAUAGAUUUAAUACUAAUCAUAGUUUGCGAUCGCUUCUUUAAGAAACCUUCUUGAAAAAAAAGUAAGAUUAAACUUUUGUUUUAUUUAUAAAGAGUUUAUAUUUUGUUUUCAUCUUUUAAAAACAAUUUCACCAGUGGUCUUAAAGAUGAUUGAUACAGUUGUACCAGGAUCGGAAGCCUUGCCGUUCUCUAUACAGCUGAAGGCCCUGUUGGAUCAAGAGGCAAAAUACCAGCCCAAACUGUGUGGCUUGAGGUUAAUUGAAUCGGCCAACGAUAAUGGCCUGAGAAUGACGGCCAGGCUGAGAGAUUUUGAAAUCAGAGAUCUGUUGUCUUUAACUCGGUUCUUCAGCUUUAGUGCAGAGACAUUCUCGCUUGCUGUGAACCUGCUUGAUCGGUUCUUGGCUCAAAUGAAGGUGCAACCAAAGCAUUUAUCCUGUGUUGGGCUAUGCUGUUUUUACUUGGCUGUGAAAUCUCUGGAGGAGGAGAGGAAUGUCCCGCUUGCCAAUGAUUUAAUCCGAAUCAGCCAGCGCAGAUUCACUGUUUCAGACAUGAUGAGAAUGGAGAAGAUCAUAAUAGAGAAACUCUACUGGAAAAUAAAAUCUACUACUGCCUUGCAAUUGCUGAGGCUGUAUCACUCGCACAUCACUGAGCAAUCUGUCUCUGAAAGCAAGACGCUGCUGAACAUUGAACGACUUGAAGCUCAGCUAAAAGCAUGCCACUGUCGCUUUGCUUUCUCAAAAGCAAAGCCCUCUGUGCUAGCUCUGGCUAUACUGGCUCUGGAGAUCCAAGAGCAGAAGCUUCAUGAAUUGGCAGAUUUGUUGCAGAGUCUCCAGCAGCAGUCCAAUAUUUCAUGCCGAGAGCUGUUCUAUUGGAGAGAGCUGGUUGCUAAAUGCCUUGCUGAAUACUCUUCACCCAAGUGUGCCAAGCCAAACAAUCAGAAACUGAGGUGGAUCGUAUCGGGGAGGACUGCUCGGCAACUGAAGCACAGCUAUUACAGGAUAGCGCACCUUCCAACGAUUCCAGAGGCUGCUUAAUAAAGAGAAAAAAAGGUGCUGAUGUGGUGGUACUUGAUGCCUGAAGGAUUCAUUUCUUAAAAGAAAAAAAAAAAAAAAACAGUAGUAAAUGAAAUUGUUAAAGAACAAUUUAUUAAUACAGGCAGCUAUUAGGAAUUUGCAUUUUUUUUUCUUUUGGAUAACGCUGUGUAUGGUGAAGUUGGUAUUAUGGCCAUAUUUGAUGCAGCCAAGAAGUGCCAAAAUAUACAUCCUAUCAAAUUUUUAUUUUGAAGUAACACCCUAUAAACCUACAGUAUGUGAAACACUUCUUGGAUAGUUACCUUUAAAAGCUGUGACAUCCAAUGGUCUCCAUAACAUGCAAAUUUCAUGUUCUUAAUUUAAAGUCUUUAAAGUUACUUCCUAAAAAAAAAACUGUUUGACGACACAGAAGUUUAACUUAAGUGAAUUGAAAUUUAAACUGGUUUGUCCACAUGCUUUUUGUUUUUUUGCAGUAUUUGCACUUUGAGUACUAUUGUAUUAUGCUACAGAUUGGCUACUACCACUAAAGGGCUAAGCAUUUUGAACAGCUGUGAUGAAGAACCAUUGUAUAGAUGAUGGUUAGACUCUUUACUACAAAGAGUCUCAGUUCUGUUUGUAUACUGCACCAGCACAUGGGCCAUUUUAGCCAUGAGCUGUGGUAUAUAUUCGGAUGAAUUUCAUCAGCUUAAAUGUGAAAAAAUGAAGCCUGUUCUCUGGUAAUAGCCUUUAAAAUAUAAUUUUUGAAGAAGCUCGCUGUUUUAAAUGUAAAGCCUUCAUUAAGUGUAAAUUGAAGAACAAGGUUGGUUUUAGUUUUAAAAAAAUCAGAACAUUAGCAGUAAAUGGAUGAAGUAUUUCAUAAAGUAUUUUUUCCAGUAUGAUGUCAUAUUUAAGGUUUUGUUUUCUUUUAGUGUGUGCUGUACUGGGGUUUAUUUCUUAAUGAUCUACACUGAAGCAGAUCUAAAUGCCACUGUCAUUUUUAUAUUGUAAGGCAACAGGUGUGUUUUCCCCCCCAAUGGCGAUUUUAUAAUUGACCCCUUUUAAUAACAGCAUAAAGUACAGUAAAAAAAGGUCUGCCAUAGAGCAGUUCUGGCAGUUUGAGCGACGGUGUUCGGAUCUGCUGCAGUUUAGAUCAUUAAAAUAGACUAUUGGGCCAGAAUUUUUUUUUUUGUGAUGGGUAUAGCUUAUUUAUUCAACCUUGUUUUUGGUUUCACUGAUUUUUGAAGGCUUUUAUUUUUGUGUAUGUUUUCACUUUAAUCCGUGCCAUGGUUCUUGGUUACAUCGCCUUUGGCACUGGUGAAGGUUUAAGAGCAGUAAAGUUAUGAACCACCUAGGUCCUCAGUCCACUAUGUGGAAGAGGAGGAAGAAGGGUUUUGUGAGCUAAAUGAUCAGAAAAUCGGAAACCAAGAAAAUUGAACCCAAAACCCUUAAACUUCCACCCUAGGUAGCUGAGCAAUCCUAAUACACACUCCUACCCAAGGUUAUAGUUGUUCGAGUUAUCUUUUAGGUAAGAUAACAAUGUAAGGUAUUAUUUAAAUUGUGAUCCUUACAGCAGAUGAAAUACUCCACUCAGAAGAGUGGUAUAAUGAGGGGCACAGAGCAGUGACAUGGGCUCUAACGGUUUCUUCUUGGUGCCCCAAAUGAUUGACAACCUAUUUUUUCUUAUUUCCUACAACACUACAUGUUUUCAAGUUGUAGGCAUGGCUUAAACAAUAGCACCUGCAUUUGUUUAACAUGAAAAACACAACUUUUAAAUAUCCUAAAAUGUUAAGGGCCUCUUAUGAUUAGGUCUUGUUUCUGUACUAUCAGACUCUCCUAUUCAUUUAACAUUUUUUGUUUGUGUGUUUUUGUUUGUUUUCUUUUAUUUUCCACGUUGCUAAGCAUUGUCAUCAUACUGCUGAUGUUGCGGUGAUGCCUCUAUAAAGCUCAUAUCUAAACACCUAUCUAGAUCACGCUAGUCACACCGGACUAGCUUAGAGUGUUUUUUAUUAACUUUUUUUUUAUCCCCUACAUUACCACUAUGAAAUAUAAAAUUAGAGGCAUCUAUAUUUAGAUGAUUAUUGCAAUUAAUACUGUUAACAUUUGAAAAUUUAGGUACAGUAUAUCUCCAAAAAGUUUAGUCAGUAUCUUGCUAAAAAUCCCCUUUUUUGCAUUUGUAUAGGAUAGAAUGAUGAAUUGGAGAAAGAUGAAUAGUAAAUUGGUUUACACAGAAACUGAUCAACGCCAUUAGAAGCAAUUUUUUUUUUUUUUUUUUUUUUUUUGUGUAA